CAGAAAACGUGCAGUCAGCUCGUGUGGUUGGUUACACGCGGGGACAAACAAACCGAGCACCGCACGGAGAGAGAGAGAGAGCGCUGCUGUCACCAGCGCUGAAUUCAAAGAUCAAACACAGGGGUCCAAGGAGACUACGAGGAGGAGGGGGCAUGCAUGCAUGCACUGAUCUGUAAGAGCAGAUUUUCUUGUUUGGGUUUUUUUUUUUUCAAUCCAGGGAACUGAAAGUGGAGAGUUGCUGAUGAAGCUGCAGGCGCACUGAGGCGCUGCCUGGACCGUUUUUGCGUCUCACUCCCGGCAUUGUUGCUCGUGUUUCCCGGGAUGGAAUAAUUCCCUUCUUCGCUUUCAUCCAAGGAAUACCUGCGAUCCUACUCUCACCGCUCUCCAUGGUGCUUGAAGGCAGAGAGAUGGACGGCAUCGGGAACACCAUGCAGAAGAAGGUUGCCGAGCUGGAGCGUCUGGCCGAGGUGCUUGUCACCGGGGAACAGCUCAGGCUGCGGCUCCAUGAGGCGAAGGUGAUCAAGGACCGGAGGCACCACCUCCGGACUUACCCGAACUGCUUUGUAGCUAAGGAGCUCAUUGAUUGGCUGAUCGAACACAAGGAAGCUUCAGAUCGAGACACGGCCAUCAAGAUUGUGCAGAAACUUUUAGACCAGAGCAUCAUUCACCAUGUGUGUGACGAGCACCGGGACUUCAAAGACAUGAAGCUGUUUUACCGCUUCCGGAAGGAUGACGGCACAUUCCCGCUGGAUAAUGAAGCCAAGGUGUUUAUGAGGGGCCAGAGGAUCUAUGAAAAACUAAUGAACACAGAGAACAACCUACUGCAAACCAGGGAGGAGGAAGGCGAGUCGUUUGAGCGGACGCUGGUAGCCUCAGAGUUCAUCGAUUGGCUGCUGCAGGAGGGGGAGAUGCCAACCAGGGAGGAGGCUGAACAGCUGGGGCGGAGGCUUCUUGAACAUGGGAUCAUCCAGCAUGUCACCAACAAGAAUCACUUUGUUGAUGGGCCGCUCCUCUACCAGUUCAGGAUGAACUUCCGGCGUCGUCGGCGAUUGAUGGAACUUCUUCACGAGCGCGGGCGCAGCAUUCCCGAGAGCCACGACAGUCCCUUCUGUCUCCGGAAACAAAGCUCUGACGGAGGCAACACCAGCUUUCUCUCAGUGAGUCCCACAAAAGAGAUAAAGGUGUCUGUCGGAGUUCGUCGGAGCAGCAUGAGCAGCAGCUGUGGCAGCAUCGGUUAUUGCAGCAGUGGUUAUUACAGCAGCAGUCCUACGCUCAGCAGCAGUCCGCCUGUCCUUUGCAACCCUAAAUCUGUCCUGAAGAGACAAGUGAGUCCAGAGGAGCUGCAGAGACCAGGAGGACCUUUUAUAAAGAAGACAUUCACUAUUGUAGGCGAUGCUGUGGGCUGGGGGUUUGUGGUGCGAGGAAGCAAACCCUGUCACAUCCAGGCUGUGGAUCCAGGUGGACCUGCUGCCGCUGCUGGCAUGAAGGUGUGUCAGUUCGUGGUGUCGGUGAACGGAUUGAACGUCCUCUGUCACGACUACCGAACCGUCAGCAACCUGAUCCUGACUGGUCCGCGGACGAUUGUCAUGGAAGUGAUGGAGGAGGUGUAAGCAUUAAAGAGAGCUCCAAGAGGAAACCUCUCAGAAGAGUAAUGCAGGAAAAAAUGUGGGGACUGAAGUAGUACUUAACCUCAAAACCACAUCGAGAGCGAAACACUGAAGACUUGAAACCACGUCUCACUAGCUCUGUUCCAGCAUUGUUUGAACAAGGUGGAUAACCAAGAAACUGUGUGUGUGCUUAAAAAUGAGGCUAUUGUAGUCAAGCAAACGAGUCAAUAUUUGGAGAAACUAGAUUGUUUUGGAUUUUUUUCCUUUGGUUUCGUGGUGUGCGCACUCACACACUGACACACACAACCAAAACAGAGACCACGGAAGAGCUUGGAGUAAGAAAACUCACCCUGGAGAGUGUGCUAAAAGGAUGUGAGAAGAUGUGAAAUUAAGUUUUGCCAUUAUAACUCGUGGAUCAGAGAGUAGAAAGCUGAAAAUGAGGACGAAUAUUUAAUGGCGCCAUGAAAGCAACCUCUACUCCAGUGAGCUGUUCCUGGUGGCUCAACACUGCCCUCUGCUGAGAAGGACAGGAAGACACACUUCACACUGCUACUACAUGUAAUUUCAGGGUUUUCAGGGGUGCCAUAAUUGAACCAUUAUGUUCAACGGGAAAAGACAAACACCUGCCGUCGCCAUAUGGAAAAUCUAAAAUACCAACUUAAUCGAUGUUGAGGUAGAUUUUUUCCUAGCUGCUAAGAAUGUUAUAAAGGCGAUAAACUUACAUGCUACAUUAAUAAGCACAUUGUAUAUAGAAAAGCAAUUAAAGACUUACAGACACAAAGUUUAGAAGUCCGGCUUUAGAAAAGCUGUCUCCCAUAAAACCUUGUAACCUAUUUUGAUUACCCGUGACAGCUCUCUGUUAGGCACUUUAACCCUAUAUGCAGCCUAGAAAAUAGACAGUGACCGACAAUAUCACUGUCUGUAGUUUGUUUAAAAGAAUUCGGAGGUUUCUGUUAUACUUGCCUUUGAGAUGUGGACACAAGAUGUGUUACAUACCAUUAAGAAUUGCCAAAAGAGGGAAUACUAAAAAUAAAAAUGACUCUAAUUGGAGUCAUACCAACCAGCCUUAAUGUAAACUUAGAGAACAUUUGAUUGACCUUUCAACUUUUAUAUAUCAUUUGAUGUUUGAUGUAUAAUAAAGAUAAGAAGAAAACAACCAAAGAACUUGGUUGACUAAAGCGUCCUUUUUGGGGGGGAAUUUGAUUCAAUCAGACAUCCCUAAUUUGAAACUAAUGUGGAAGAAUGACUUCCUCCGCCCCUCCCCCACAUCCUUUUCUCCUUUAUUAUCUGUACAUGCGGAGCAGUUACACAUCAAGCACCAUAUCGUGUAUGCGCUAAAGAGUUUUCAGACAGAUAAGAAAAGAUGUAUAUGUACAGAAAUUUAAUGUAUGAUGGCCUUGUCUGAUUUUUGUCUCCAGUAGCAGAUAAAUGAGCAACACGCCUGAAUAUUCAAUCAUUUUAAAUAAAGGGAGCAGUUUUCCUCAGAAUCAAAGAACAUUGCAUUUGCUUUUAUUGUGGUCCACAGACACGGAGACGUUUUAUUUGUUCAUUUUGGGGGCUUUUUCCAGCUUUUUCGGAAGAUUUCAGUUUAGUUUGAGUCAGUAAGUUAAAAUUUUGAGAUACCUAACUUGAAUUGUGAGAUAAUAAGACAGGAAGAAAAAAAAAAAAAAAAAGAGAUAAUAAGACAGAUUUUUGACUUACAGAUGACACUUUAAUUCUCUCGUAGUAGUGGAAACAAGCUUUUGACCCUACAGGCUUUACUCAGAGCGAAAAAUAGCUUCAUUUUUCAAAAUUAGUUUUCAAACUGAGAGAAAUAAGAGUUGGGCUCUAAUGAAGGCUCUGUGCCAAAACACUUUGGUUGUAUUCCUACUGUGAUGUAAACCAGUAAACAUGUGAAACGUGAGUAAAGUAUCCACAUGAGCCUCACUGUUUAUGAUGCUAUCUUUCUCUUUUUUAAUAACAUUGCUUUGGAAUUCUUUCUUUAGAUUUCAGGUUUAUCACUUCACUGCUUCAAUGGGAAAAGGUAAAUAAGAGAAUUGUUUCUAAUGAAUCUUUAAAUCCUUGAAUCAGCUUGAUGUAGCUCGAAGCUAAGUGGAUUAGAUCAGGCUUGAAUUAUAGCCUCUAAAUAAUAUGAGGAUCACGCGUAUGUUACUAUUGUGCCAUCUUGUGUUUAUACAUACUAGCAUGAAUUUAGAAAAAACAGAGCAUGGAUAAGUGAUACUCAUAUUGUUCAUAUACUAUGUGUCCUGAGCAACACUUGUUCCUUGUUUUGUCUUAGGCUAAACUAUAUUCCAUGUCUGGAGGAGGAAAUUAUUACUGCAAAAAAACACAGACGCAGAAAUGUAAACUUUGUUUUCUACCACAGUAUAUUCACAGUUGUUAUAGCCAAACUGUAGAGUUAAUAUGUCCUGGUUAACUACCUCCAAAUAUGUCCUGUGUAAUUAAUUCAGUUGACUAUUCAUUGAUUUAUCUUAAUGUGCUUGGAUGUAGUAGGCAGUCAAAUGCUGUAAAUAUGUGCUUGUUUAGCUUUAUGUCCUAAUCUAAAGCACACUCCUUCAUCUGAUUUAUCUGGCAAAUCAUUUCAGGUACAACAGCAGAUUUUAGGCCUAACUCAUUCAAUGAUCUAAACAGCUGGAAUAUGUUGUUGCUGAAUAUGUCCUCCUCAGAUUUACAGAAUUUUGCCUCAAAAUCUGUAAUCUGCUCACGUUGUUACAUGGAUAAUGCCAUAUAUUGUACUGUUAAUGUAUCAUAUUAAUGUUCUCCAAAACGUUUUCAAGUAUUUGCACUUUGCUUUUACCCUGCAACCAUACAAUAUGUUUAUUAGAAAGAAAAAAUCUCAAAGCACAAAAUUAUUUCUUCUCUGGGUUUUCAUUAGUCUGAUCUAGUUCAAAUUUUCUCUGUUUUCUCUCAUUAAAAUUCAUCUAUAUGCAGUUUGUAAUUUAGUAAUUCUUCUUUUGUGCAUCUGGAAAGUGAUCUGUGAUUUUCUUCUGUAGAUAAUGUUUGAUGCAGUUUCAUUGGACAGAAGCAGAUGACAGUUUGAUUUGGAGGAGAAGAAAGUUUCAUGUGUGUUGAGUCUUGAAGGGGUUGUGCCAGGUUGGCUUAAAUGAGUUUGCUGACUGUUAACCGAAAGCGUUUGCCUUAAGGCCUGAGUUUGCUGCCAAUAACAGAUGGUGGUCACUUUGUUCCUCCUCUUUUUCCCCUCUCAUUCUCUUCUCUGUUCAGUCAUUUGCAGCUUUACAAGGUGGUUGCUCCAAGUCACCACAGCUUCAGUUUUAGUGACAAUCAGUGUUGUAUAGAUAACAAAUGCACAGUCAUUUGAUCUGACAGAACGUACAUCACCGCUGUCUUCGUUUUUGUGCCGUUGCCGGUUCUAUACUUCAACUUUAAAGUGUAAUAAGAUCAAUGGGGAUUCUUGGCUAUGAGAGGUUACACAUUUUCAGCACAGCUGUUUAUUCUUUUUUUCUGCUAUCCGAGAUUGAAUGUUUGUUAUCAGAACAACAAAAGCUGACAAUAGCAGUCUGCUUUUCACAAAAAAGCUAAAUCUCAUUGUAAGUUCGAAUGUAUUAAAGAGCUGAUCAAGUGUCAAAUAAAU